ACGGGAGGUCCACGAGGGGAUUUGGAGGGAGUGACGCAUGCGUGCAUACGGGAGAGGAAGGGGGAGAGGUCGGUGGUCGAACUGCGGGAGGUACUGGAUGGAGAACUCCGCUCCUCCGGCGCAGCAAGCAGGCCAACCACCCAUUCCCCCGUAUCAACCCCCGUAUCAACCCCCGUAUCACCAACCGUUUGUCAAUCCUCCGCCACCCUUUGGGUUUGUACCCAUCCAGCAAAGUUUUGCACCACCACCGACUGCAGCGGCUCCAUGGGGCUACCCCGGGCAAGCCGCAGCACCUCCUGCAGGCGGACAGUACAGCCAAGGAUUCGGGCGAGGAAGCAAUGGGAACUACCAGCAGAGAGCAUUUUUCACAAAAGAGCACGCAGAUUUUAUAGACAAGUUGAAGGUCAAGGAAGCAAUUGAGGACGCAAGGAGGAAAGAUCGGGAAGAAAUCGAGAGGCUGAAGGAACAAGGGAAAGAGAAGAGUAGAGUGAAAGAGGUUAAUACGAAGCAAGCAGGGAAGACGAAGGACAAAGGGAAAGUGAAAAUGAUGGACGAUAGGAAGAAAGACGAAAUGAAGAGAUGGGUCGCAGACAAUUUCGGGAAUUCCAUAAGAGUCCUGACAGAGAAACUAGAGGAGGUAGAAAAAAAGUCGAAACUGAAGGAGGGUGAAUUGGAGGAGCUAAGACUGCUACGGGCAGAGAAGAAAUUGAGGGAAUUGAGGGAAGGAUCGAGCAGUGAAAAGAGAAAGAGGGAUGGUGACUCGCCGGUGAAACCAAAAACCAGUAAGCUGGACGCCACCGUACAAAAACCUGAUGAGAUCUCAGAACUGAAGGAUCUCCUGAAAGCACUCCUGGCAUCGAAGGAAGCCGCGGCUAGCACUUCGGGUGGUGGAGAUAUGGGGAAGGAGAAGGACAGGGGACAGACCAGUGAGGAGAAAACCACUGAGGAGGCUGAGAAUGGUGGAAAAAUUAUCGGAAAGGAGAAAGAGCGGGAAAAUGGGGGCGACGAGGAGUCCCUUGGACUGUACUUCAAAGACAGAGUCAUCUACUAUGACUCACUCCACUAUACGGAGAUACAAGCCCUCUGCAAGAGCAAGAAUAUUGGGUAUAAGAGGAAAUAAGGCGGUGUGUGGGAACUGGCCAGGUUGGAUUUUGAAGUACUACUGAUUGCGAGACAGUCGGUGGAAGCAGGUGGCCAGGGUACAGAGAGCAGCGAAACAGAAGAAGACCAAGAAGAGAACAGCACGGAUGAUGAGCAAGAUACAAGCAAAGACAUAGCGGGAAACUAAUUGAUGCCACUAAACUCUCUAUCUUGAGAGCGUGCAAGCGAGUAGUGGCCCUGAUUGAGAAGUACAGGGAAGAGAUUGAAAGAGAGGCUGACUGCAUUUUGAAACUGCUUGUACUUGCCUUGUGUCUCAAAGGGGAAAUAAAAUGGAGCAGGACUU